AAUAUAUUUUUUAUAAUUCGUUUCUCUGUCUUUUUGAUAGCAUGUUUGAAACAUUCUCGCGUUUGGGAUUUGGUAGAACUUUAUUAUUAAUUAUUCUGAGGAUAAAUUUGCUUUUUGUUGCUCUCACCAGAAUAGUUAGAGUAGCGAUUUUGCGAGACACAUAACAACUUCAACUUCUAUCUGAAUCUACCGACCGAUUUCUUGUGCUGAGCAGCUGAGCUCCUUCAACGUUUUCGAACGGAUUACCGCCGAGGGCUCUCAGCAUAUUUGUCCCAUUAUAAACAGGGAGCACAAACGUGCUGAUUUAUCUUCAUCGCGUAUUGGCUGCCGUCUGUGAAUUUCCUAAGUGGAAUUCCAAACAGUCAGAACUGGAUCAGCCAGUGUUGCGAUUAUGAGCAGUCUCCUGUCGCAUUCGCACCGUAACUCGGCAUCUUCAUCCAGUGCAUCAUUGGGUUACGCUUUGCCGGACACAGUGUCAUCCCAGAGCACCGAAGAACAUGAGCCGUUUACGGAGGAAACCUGUUGUGUCAAGUUGCGUAAAGUGGGCCGCAGCACUGACCAGGUGCGCGGCUUAUCCGCUUGGAUUUUCCAUCAUCGUUCCCAUCUUUCGCGUGUCGCUAAAUUAUGGUUGGCGGAGCUAAAAAAAGCACCUCCUGGGCGCCGCUUAACGCUAUACUAUGUGGCCUAUGAAACCUUGGCUAUUUGUAAAAAGAAAAAAUUCGAGAAGGGAUUUCCCUGUUUUCAGGCGGUUCUGCGAGAGGCGACUGUUUAUUGCCGGGAUCGUGAAUGCAAGAUCGGCGUCCGGAAGGUGUUUGCCAUAUUCAAAGAAGCCCAAUUCUUCAGUGAUGACUACCUCAAACAACUCCGUGAUGAUCUGGAGAAGGGUCGUUCCGUUAGUAAUCAUAAUAAAGUCGUCCUCUUGGAUUUCGAACCCGGAGUGAUCAGUAAGAUCCAUGAACAAAUGGAAGAGUUUCGAGAAGGUACUCUUAAAAUAGCAGAACGGAAGUACCGGGAGAAAGAAUCAGAUUUGGUUUUUGGAGACGAAGUAAUUGGCAAAAUUAAAGAACACGCCGUGGGAAAAGAGUAUUUGGCCCGCUUUGACGCAGCAUUUCAGCAUAUGCGGGAUUUAGAAGAUGCUCGCGAACAAGACCUGAAGCAGUCGUAUGAUCUGCUUAACCAAUUGGAAUUGCUCCGCGUUUUUUACAGCACCACUUCUAAAGAGGCGGAGAAGGUUAUUGUGGCCUAUGGCAAUUACGAGCGAGUAGCCCAGAAUGGGAUGUCUCAUCUGGAGAAAGCUCAGCGACUGCUCAAUAUUCCGUUACCAAAUUUGGUUCCCGCAGAACCUGAAGCUGCGGACGUCGUCGAUAUGGAGCUGUCCGACGAUGAAGCCGACGCGACCAAAAAGCCCGUCGGAUUUCUUGGAGAAAAACCUGUUGACGGUGCAGCAGAAGUCAACCAGAACACAAUGGCGCCAGCGGAUUCCUCUCCUUUUAAGGAAAACCCGCGACUGCCUGGACUUAAUAAUAAUCAUUUUGCUGCCUUGUUAUCUAGUCUCCCGGUGGCACCACCGAUUGCCCUACCGUUGCCUUCUAUUCCGGUACAGAGCAUACCAUCCCACACUACACUCCUUCCUCUUCCACCACCAUCCCUUCCGCCUUAUGCAUACCAGCCUCAUUCGGUUCCGCCACCAAAUUUUUAUGAUCAAGACGAGUACGAGGAUGAUUUGCCCGUGGAGCCUUUGAGCACGGGAUUUCCGUUAGAACGAUACGAUAGUAAUCCUUUGGUACGCGACCACAGACACGAACACGAUGAUUAUGAUGAAUACGACGAAGACGAUUACGAUCACAACGAACAAACAAAUCGCCCUCGGUUUGAUGAUCAGCCGGGUCCUAAUAGACCGUUAUUCAUUGACAGUUCACCUCUGAUGGAUAACAUCAGCCCCCCACGACAUCCACCGGUGUCGUUACUCGGCCCGCCGCCUACGACGCCCACGCGACCGCCGUUUGAGAUGCGUUUCAGUCCUCCCAGUCUGAGACCGCAAAAUAUGGGCCGUAACGACUUCUCUCCGCCUCGCUUCCGACCUGCUCCACCAAACGGGAAACCUGCUCUCCUCAGCAAUCACCCUUCGCCACAAAUCCGUCAAUCUGGCCAGUAUAUCCAAUACAUUCCCGCCUCCGCAGUGUCUCCGGGAUCUCAGCGUAUGCCGCUGUUGGCUUCGCCAGUCGGUCCGUCAUCACCGCAUUUUGAUCAGCAUUCACUAUCAGGCGAUCACAACGAACCGCAGACUCCCUUUCAGGGCCGCGGUCGAGGACGAAGAGGGUUCGGCGGUCGACAGACAUCCGAAGGACGAGGUGGAGGUGGACGUGGGCGGGGCGCAGGAGGAAUGAACGGCCGGGUUGAGGACGCCCAUCCUGCGGGAACUUUCAGUAUUCCGUCUCUGGCGUCUGGCAGUGGACGCAACAGGGAGCGAACUGGUGGAGCACAGCGUGGGAGAGGCGUAGAGCACAUGAGGGGGCGGGGUCGAGGAGGUCACUCAGGACCGUGGAAACCUCAGUUUGAUGAGGACGACAAUGAAGGAGGCUGGUGUGCAGGUACUGGAUCGAAUUUGAUUCCGGUUGUUACCACUCAAAUGCCGAAUAUUGAGCCUGUCGGAGAAAGUGUGACGGAUCGCUUAAUACGCCUGGCUAAUAUGAAAUGAUUAAUAAAUAUUGGCCAGUCUGCGGUUUUCUAGUGUGCUGCCGACUGCAGUUUACGAGGAUUGUUAUUUUUCUUCGUUUUCACUACAUUUGUUUUUUCGUGUUAAUGCAGACCGAGUGGUACUUAUUUAUCAUCGGCAAAUGGCUUGUUUUGUAUUGAGUGACGUAUUAAACAAAGCCGAGAUUUUAUGUGUUGGGAAAUUAAAAAGAAAGUGU